GUGACGCAGCUUGACGCCGUGUCCCAGCGUGCAUUACGUGAACACAGCUGAAGUGGGUGGAGAGAAAUGAGGAGGCCACACCAGCGAACAGUUUAGUCAAGCAUUUGUUUUUUUUUUGUUUUUUUUUUUACCAAGACUUCGCACCUUUUAUUGUUUACAUCUUUCAGCAAACCGAAGAAGAGGGAUUUGUGGCGCCAUGGACGGGGUGAUUCCAGGUGUGUACGGAUGGGGUUUGAACCCGGUCAACGCAGUCCAAACAGCAAAGCCCUUCACCGAGAUCAUCGAACAGCCCAAGCAGCGCGGAAUGAGGUUUCGGUACAAAUGCGAGGGUCGCUCAGCGGGCAGCAUACCAGGAGAGAAGAGCAACGACACCACCAAAACACACCCAGCCAUUAAGGUGCACAACUACAGCGGCCCCCUGCGUGUCCGCAUCUCGUUGGUGACGAAGAACACGCCGUACAAGCCUCACCCGCACGAGCUUGUGGGAAAAGACUGCAAGCACGGCUAUUAUGAGGCAGACUUGCAGGAGAGGCGAAUACACAGUUUUCAGAACUUGGGCAUCCAGUGUGUGAAGAAGAAGGAUGUCUUUGAAGCCAUCACCUGUCGACUGCAGACCAACAACAACCCCUUCAACAUUCCCAAGGAUAAGGUGCUGGAGGAGGAAUUUGACCUGAAUUCGGUGCGGCUCUGCUUCCAAGUAUCCAUCACGCUGCCCACGGGAGACCUCUUCCCCCUUGAUCCUGUGGUGUCGCAGCCCAUCUUUGACAACCGGGCCCCAAACACAGCCGAGCUGAAGAUCUGCAGAGUCAACUGCAACUCUGGGAGCUGCAAAGGCGGUGAUGAGAUCUUUCUGCUUUGUGACAAAGUCCAAAAAGAGGACAUUGAGGUGCGCUUCUUUCAGGACACGUGGGAGGGGAAGGGCACUUUUUCCCAAGCGGAUGUCCACAGGCAGGUGGCCAUCGUGUUCCGCACGCCACCGUACCGUGACGCCAACCUCACUGAAUCAGUGCGGGUCAAAAUGCAGCUCCGUCGGCCCUCGGACCGCGAGGUCAGCGAGCCCAUAGAUUUCCAGUACCUGCCCGCUGAAAGAGACGAAUACAGGCUGAGUGAGAAAAGAAAACGCACUGGGGAUGCGUUCCAGUGUCUCAAGCUAGGACCUUUGCUGUCUACAGUGUCCAUUCCACCAGAGCGACGACACAUUAGUCCAACCAUGAGGACCGUGACAACCAAACCUUCAUCCAUGGUGCAAACUUUGCCCCCUUGUGCCAAUGUAGCCAAGCAGCAGCCAUCCUUCUCAUACAUGCAGUCGAACCAGUUGUUCCCAGGCCAGCCCAAAAUCGAGACCUCGUCUUCCUUCAUCUCAACCACCAAUCAAACUUGGAAGAUAAUGGAGAGCUUGAACCUUGGCCCGCAGCCCAAAGUCACUCCAGUGGCAACGUUCAGCAUGAGCCAAGCAACCGCCCCGCCCUCCUCCUCCAGCCAGGACUACUCCACCGUCAACCUGUCAGACCUUCAGGAGUUCUUUCCCAACAUUUCCUCGGUCAUCACCCAGGAGCCGGCGGCCUCUCAGUCAAGCGCGGCUUCCUCGCAGUCGACCAACUCCUUCACCUUCGCGGGCUCUCAGUUCCCAGCGGACGCAUCCAUUGCCGAGGACGACAUCCCGCAGUUCCACAGUUUUUCAGAGGGCCAGGCUCCAGGAACCCUGGACAGCCUCAACAUGGAUGACUUUGUGGACCUUCUGAACCCGGCGCAUGAGAGCAGCAAUGGCGCCGCCUGUCAACAAACGGCAGUGACAUCCCAGAACACUUCAGACCCAUCCGGCAACCCAGGAAGCACCUGGAUGAAUUAUCCCAACAGCAUCGUCACCCUACUGCAGAAUGAGAGCAUGAUGGACGUCUUAUCCAACAACAACAGCGGCGGCCAGCAGCGGCCCGCCGUGCUGGAUGACUUUGACGAGCUGAUUUCGGUGGACGAGGAUCAUCUCAUUUCUAUUUUAGCCGCGGAAACCAAGCUGGGUUUGUGUCAGGACACCGCACUUAAAACAGCCAAACACACCACUUGAGUUUUGCCUUAUAGGAAGCAAUGCAGACAUAGAGAAGAAGCCUUGUUAAAUGCAUUACUUCCUUGAUUACACUUCAAUAAGUAUACUGUGUGCACUGUGUACUUCCUGAGUGCCAAGUUUUUACAAUGUCCAUCCAUCCAUCCAUUUUCUACCGCUUGUCAUGCUGUCCCAAAUCAAUUACUGUUGCUACACACUCAUGACGAUCGCAGUAUAUACCCUUUUUAAUGGUUAAGAGCAACAACUCAAGUAAGUCCCUGCCUAACGAGGGGAGUCAGUGUCUAUCAGUGCACACUCACUAUAUCAACUAUUUGGAGUGCAACAUCCAGGUACUGACAACACACUGCAUUUUUUUCGUAGUUCUGUUUAAAUACGCCUUUGUAUUGAAAACACUUGGUGGAAGUGUGCAAAAUUGAAUACCUCCAUCAGUAGGCUAGUCUUGUGUUAUGUGUACACUGUGUUUUUAUACUUCCUGAGUAUGAAAAUGUCUUUACUGAGGAUGCGCACUUACCAGAAAUAAUUGCAAUAAUUACCCACAGUUGUGAAAUGCAACCAUUGGUCAGUGCCUCCCUCUCCACUAUUUUUGACUGGGGGGGAAGGGAGGCCGCAUUGGGUUAAAAAAUUUGCGAUGUCACAUUAAUGGGGAAAAUGCAUUUUUAGAUAUGAUUUGCCUGAGCGGCUAGGAGACUCCGGAGUAACAAGCGGGGUCUCCUAGGACAGAUUUUUUUAAAAUAAUUUCAAAAAAAUUUAACUUGGGACUUCCUGCGGGCCGGAGUUUGGACGCGGGGGGGCUGUAUCCGGCCCGUGGGCCGUAGUUUGGGGACCCCUGAUGUGUCCCACCAUUGAAUUCACCAUUUUGGCUUUGUUGAGUGCUGAAAGUGCGCUGCAUUUUGCACUCAAGUGGAAGUGCGCAAAGUUGAGAGACAGCCAAAAAGGUGUCAGGUUUAUGCUUCCGUGCGUCGGUGUUCAUGCUGCGCUGUUCUCCGCCCACACAAAAUGAUCAAGAGUGCUUGAUGACGCAGAAGCAUAAUGUAGGGAAUCUAUGCAAUCGUCUCCAUCAAAUACUCAAAUUGCUUUUCUUGAACAAAAAAUGAAGGUCUUUGUAAAUGUCACACAGAAUUGUUUCUUAAUUUUUACAGCAGAAAUGGCAGCAACGCCACAAACCCACAUCUGUAGGCCUAAAGUGUGGCCUGGGGCCCAUUUUGUUAAAAAUACAUUCUGCCCUUAUUAGCGUUGAAUUGUAACAGAAAGGAUGUUAAUCAAUACAACACUGGAUUGGUUUUAGCCUGUUUCCAAAUUGAAGAAAUGUCAUGAUGACUUGUGGCCUUCAGUGUAAAUUGUGGACCCCCUGCUGUAAGCUGUCAUGCUGUAUAUUAUAUAUAAUAUGGAAUAAAAGAGGCUUGGAGCCGUCUUGUGAUUGGUUGUUUUAGCAAGUCAGAAGAUGGUCUGCUGAGGUGGAAUUUUAUUUGGCAAAGACCAAGUAUUACCUACCAAAAAAUAAAAAGACAAAUGUAAAUGCAUGGCGGGGUGUUAAUCCCCUUCAUAAAAUGUGCAAAGCUCACUCUGUCCACAAGGUAAGCGAAUUAAGAACAAGUCUGCAGGAAGAACUGGAUCCAACAUUCAAGCAAAAGGUGACCCAGAAUGCAAAGCAGCCUAAGUGACCUCCAUAUUGGUGACUUUGUUGAUGAUGCGAGAGCGCCUGGGCACGCACUCCAGGUUGAAUUUGCUCUCGUAGAUGGUAGGACAGAUAUUCCAGCGGUUGUUCCGAUAGAUCCCUAGAUAGGUGUACACGUCCGGCUUGUAGACCAGAGGACACUUGACCCCUGAGGCUCGGAUGUGCAUGUCCAACCGCACCACAUCGUUCUCGUCGGUGAAGUUGUUGUUGUAGGCGCAGAUGACCUGCUUGCCGCCUUUUACAGGGUCGUGCGGGCUGACCUUGACCUGGUCGAUCUUGCCGUCCAGGGUGGCGCGGGCCACGCACUCCCAGGCGUGGUCCACUUUGAAGCCACGGUCCAUGUGCAUGAGCCACUUGCCCGACAGGACCCCGUGGUUGAGGGCCAGCUCCUUGAUGGUUUGGAAGUUGACCGGCCGUCCGCUGGACACUAGCUGGUCCCAGUCCUCCUGGAGACUCCUCACGUCCACGCUGCCGGGGCAGUCGUCGGGACCCAGCACGGCGAUCCAGCCCACGGGGCUCACGCCGCUCUCCUCGUUUCCGUAGCGGCACACUUGGGAGGGCCUGUUGCUCUCCAGCCAGGCGUCGAACUCGGACUUGGGGGUUAUUUUGGAAUCGAACACGAUCCAGGGGUACAUGUCUGCGGCCAUGGCCUCAGCGGCGUAGGUGGCCGCAGUGAAGGAGGGCUCCGUUUCCCCCUCAUUCUGGGUCACAGCUUCCUCCUCCAUCAUGCCUAAUAACUUGGCGUCCUGUUGUGGGAUAAAAUAACAAAAUAUUUUCACAACUCCAUAACAUUUACUGCUACCGUGUUACUUAAAGUAGUGCAUUUUGCACUCAAGUACCAUGGAGUAUUUAGUGAAUAAAUUGAGAACAGGAAGUGAACAAAAGUUUUAGCAACUGCUAUGUAAAGGAAAAGGGGGUAGGAUUAAACAAGCUCUGCUUCUUCCUACUCCUUUUCGAACAUGUUGAAUAGAGGAACUGGAAUUGUGAUGUAUCAUGUUCCAAAUAAACUCAACCUCAAUUUUGUAACGAGUUUGUUUACAUCGCGUUUAAGUGAACGUCAAGUCACUAGCAUGCUAGUUUAGCCAUGCUAGCCACCUGACCAAUCUGUUUGUUCGCGCAAACAUGGUCGUUAAGCGGGACACAUUUUUUUAACCGUCACGUCUCACAAACCGAGCCGCACGUAUCGUACAUCUUACACCGUUACCUGUGCUGUCGGAAGCGGCGAGGAACCAAACAACUCGGCGGCAUAACACACCGGAGGCUAGCAACCUUAGCCCUUUCUAAAUAGGCGUGCCCGUCUAUGCCGGGGUUUACGGUAAAGUGAUCUCGCAGAUAUUUUAAGGCAGCCUUGCACGGUGGACAUUACGAUAAGAGGACGCCAAAAAAAAGUAUUUUCAAAGUAAAAGCGAGUCGGGGAAAAAACAUUUAUAUCCAAAGUGCAGCUGGGGAUAGGUUGAUUGGCAACCCUAAAAUGGCCCUAAAGUGUGAAUGUUGUCUGCCUCACUCUUCCUAUCUGUGUUGGCCCUGCGAUGAGAAGGCGACUUGUCCAGGGUGUACCCCGCCUUCCACCCGAAUGCAGCUGGGAUAGGCUCCAGCACCUCCCUGCGACCCCGAAAGGGACAAGCAGUAGGAAUUGGAUGGAUGGAAGGCGGUGUCUCAAAUGUAUCACUGCAUUUAAGUACACUUCAAAACAUGUACUGUCUGCGUACACUGCAUGCUUACAUUUGCUGACCCACAUUCACUUACUGGAAAAAGACAAUAGAAUGACAGCUACUUCUCUCCUUUUAUUUGCAUCUCUUUCCACUAGAUAGUAUAUAUCUGUAACAUGAAUCAAUUUA